AUAAAAAAUUGCUUGUUUGUCCAAAAGCUACUCCUGGCUUACUUUUUGAUUUGGUAUAGGGCAUUGAAGAUAAAUUUGAACUGAUAAAAUUUUAGGCGAAAUAAUGCAUGGAAACUGAAAAGAGUAAUUUUCACGGCACUUUUGUGAUCCUUUUGUGAUCAUCCUAGAUGUGUGAAACGGGGAACAGGAAUAUCCUUGUGAUUAUUUGAUUCGCAAAUAGUGCUGCAACCAUAUCGACUAUUAGAUGCUAAUUUGCCUCUCCCUUCUAAAUCCUAAUGAAAAUGCAUAUUGCUUUAUAGCUAGAAGCCACAUAAUUGCUGGCCUGGCACUGCUUUUUAGGAAGAAAAAAAGGGAGAAUGUUGAAUAUAAUCUGCUCCACCGAAAAGAAUUCUCUUUCUCAUUUCUUUUCAUCACUGUCUUCUAAAAGUAAUAAUACUCCUUAGUUAGCUCUAUUUUUCAUGUUCACCAGUCUCCCAUUCUUCCAAAACCUUAACCAAUGUCACCUGCUCUAAGGCCAUUGCUGUUCAUCAAUAUUUUGCUCUUGCUCUUCUUCCUUCAUAUUGUGUUCUCGGUCCCUGCCAUCCCAGUUAAUGGCACAUGUCGUGACACAUGUGGUGCAAUCUUUGUGAAAUUCCCCUUUGGCACCGGAUCUGGGUGCGGGCAUCCUGACUUUGCUAGAUACAUAAAAUGUAACUCUGAGAGUCUGGAAUUCUCCACUGGCACUGGCAUUUACAAUAUUUCUUCUAUUGACUACACAAGCUACAGUAUAAUUGUUACAGACCCCUUCAUGUCAACUUGUUCUUCAAUGCAGAAUUCUGGAAGCUUUAGCUUAGACAGGGCCAGUCCAUUCUCUGUUACAGAUGACAAUAUCAUUGUUUUGCUAGGAUGCUCCAGCACAUCACCUGUUUUUGAUGCGGAUGAAGAUUUGUGUGUCACUGGUUCCGGUUCUCGUGUUUGCAGAGGAAUGUAUUCUUGCAAAGGAGUGUCAGGAAUUGGGUUGCAACAGAAUGCACCUGCAUCCACUUGUUGUGUUUAUGAGUCACCAACUGGCCUUGGAUCAGGAUUCACAUUGGAUCUCCCAAAGCUACAAUGCUCAUCAUAUACAUCCAUAUACGGGUUUGGGGGCAGCGAGGGUGAUCCAAUGAAAUGGAAAUAUGGGAUUUCUUUGCAAUACAAUGAUUCGUAUACUUCUGAUGCAUGCAAGGAUUGUGAAAACAGUGGGGGUUCGUGUGGCUUCACUGGUUUAGAUGAGUCAUUUGCUUGUAUUUGCCGGAAUGGAAGGAACACCACCACCAAUUGCUUUGGUAUAGGAUAUGCUUUGAGCGGGACGUGGGGGCCAAAAGUUCAAAUCAAGUUGAAUACUUUAGGAUUUCUUCUCUUGUGGAUGACACUUUUUAUUCAAGGCAGAGAAUGUGUGCACAAGUUUUGAAGAAUUGAUAGAUGCAUUUGAGCUCAGGCAGCUAAAAGUCUUUCUGAAAUUUCAUUAUCUCAAUUCUGAGUGUAAUUGUACUCAGUAUAGUUUUGUGCCAUAAUUGACCAAUAUCUUUCACAUCCAAAUUAUGAGAAGGCCCUCAAAUUUUAAGAUACAUAUUAAUAAAUCUCCUCAUGCCCGGCUAUGUCAUGCUGCUUUCCC